UGGUCACAUGACUUGUCCAAAUUUUACAACAUAUUUUCUGUCGACUACAAUCUCUUGUGCGUAAUGAUGGGGACCAUGAGAUUUAUAUUCGGGAUUUACUUAAUUGGGACCAUUUUAGUGGCCGCAGAGGCGUCAAACUGGGGUUAUGUGAAUGAGAAAGGACCAGACCACUGGGCGGAUUUGUUCCCUGAUGCUUGUUCAGGUAGACACCAGUCCCCCAUUGACAUCAAGUCUAAACAGACAGUGUAUGACCCUACCUUAAAGGAUAUUGUUGUCUUCUACGACCCUCCAUUGCCAGGAUCAAAGUUUUACGUGCACAAUAACGGACAUUCAAUUCAAGUUAACACAGAAGGACAAUUUUAUGUGAGCAAUGGUGGCCUUCCGAACAUUUAUACUACAGCCCAGUUCCACUUUCACUGGGGCCACAAGAACCACCAGGGGUCAGAGCACACCAUUGAUGGGACAGCUGCACCAAUUGAGAUGCACAUAGUGAACUGGAACUCGGAUAAAUACAAAUCUAUUUCGGAGGCAGCUGUGGAACCAGCUGGUCUUGCAGUACUGGGAAUCCUGUUUGAAGUAACAAAAGAAGACAAUCCUGCAUUGACACCGCUAGUAAAUGUUCUCAAACAUGUCCGCGAUCCAGACAAGAAAAUCAAAUCUGAAAUCCCUGCUGUAUCAAUGAGAACUUUCCUCCCGAAAGCCCCAAACAUGUAUUAUCGAUACAAUGGCUCCCUGACAACCCCAGGCUGCUUUGAGAGUGUUAUAUGGACAGUUUUCUACAUGAAGCAGACAAUCUCCAGGAGACAGCUGCACAUUUUCCGCCAAGUACUCAAACCCACUCAUCACCGCAAGAAGAGGUCGGCAAAACAUGAGAACAGGGCCGUAAGGACCUUUUUCGAAGAAUUAGGUAUUGAAGGUAACCCUAUUGAGAAGGCCAGGUUUAAAAGACAACUAAAGGAGAAAGUAGUUGCUGGCGAGCAUGACGGCCAUCAACCGGAGGAAGUACCUGUUGCAGAGGAACCAGUCACAAGCGCGCCGAAAGAAAAUAACACACACAUGCACCAUGAUAAACAUGGACAUGAUGGCACUGGUCAUCAUAGCAAACCUGAACCAACUAAUACAGGUGGUCACAAACCGCACACAACUAGCCACGCUGAGAAAGUCAGGAAAAUGUUGGUGAACAAUUACCGACCAGUUCAACCACUGAACGGACGAGUUGUGUACAGAAGUUUCCCAUUCUUCGGAGAACCAAUACCUUCUGAUACAGAAGUUAUUUAUCUUGACAUGGAUGGUUCGCAAGAAAAGAACACUUACAACGGUUACCACUCUUCAGCUUCAGCACUUACAGUGAUGUCCCUCGUUACCAUGGUUUGCUCAAUUUUAGUUUCAAAACUACUAUAGGAAGUUACAUGAAAAUUACAUGCAAGAUACUGUGAUUCAUUAAUUUCGGAAACACUGGCCUAUGUAAAAAGAAUCUUCCAGAAAGUGCCAUUACAAAUGAUUGUGCUACAAUGUACAACAUCACCAAUAAAAUAUAAGCGAAAAGUGUAGCCAAAGCAGUACAACGCUACAAAAAAAAGUUAGAAAUGAAAGUCAAUUAUUGAACACUCCACAGAUUCUUUAGAAUUUGUUACAUAAUCUCAAAAUCUGUUUGUUGAAUGUUUUCUGUUCCUAAUUAAUACUCUAUUUAAUACUCUAAAAUUAUCUAAACAGAAUAUGUAUUAUUAAGAGCUUUUUUAUGAUAGUCACUCGGACUACACAACAAACAACCCCCUUGGACUAAACAACGAAACAAACUACCCGGACAAAACAACAAAAUAAGUCAUUUGGACUAUUCAACACAAGAGGGACAAAGACAAUAUUUGUUAUUUGCUUGCUGUUUGUAUCAUGAUGAUUUUUUUUGCCAACAUUGUGUUUAUAGGAUGUUGGCCCAUUUCACACAGAGUCUUCAGGGAAUAAAUUCUUCAGGAAAUGACUUUCUGUAAGAAAUCAGCGAUUUCUGAAGUACCAUAUUUCAAUGUUGUAACAGUAACUUGAAAUUUCCAUACCCUACAUUUUUGUUGCCUUUAUGCUGAAAAAAAAAGCUUCUAAUUAAAACAGAUACUGGCUAGUAAAAACGAACAGAUGUUGUAAAAUACCAUGUCUAAAUCAAGGUAAGAUACCAUGUCUAAAUCAAGGUAAGAUACCAUAUCUAAAUCAAGAUAAAACAUCAUGUCUAAAUCAAGGUAAGAUAUGUCUUAAUCAAGGUGAAAUAUCAUGUCCUAAUCAAGCGCUGCUUAAUUUUUGUUAAGCGAUGCUUGAUUUUUGUUUAAGCAAGGCCUUAAAUUGUACUUUCAAUAUUUGCAUUUAUGUGUAUAAAUGUAUUUUGUGUUUGUAACUAACUGCAUUCUAUGUGAUAACCUAGAUCUAAUUAGUGAUAUACAUAACUGUUAUCUGACAACAAUGUAUGCAAAUAUAUUUUGUUAAUAAAUAUGCUGGAAAGGA